AUGCAUUUAGUUUCAACAUUAAAAGAGUUCUAUGCAUUGGGCGACAAAGCUAACGACAAAGAAAUUCUAAGGAAGUUCGUAGAGGAGCACUUUGAUGAGCCAGGCACGGAACUGGAACCGUGUAUUCCUGAAGACUGGAAGUCGCAUCCGAGCAGUUUCUCUCGGAUUAAGGACUAUAAAUUCAGGAUAUGGGCUGUGAAGCUGAACCGCAUGUGGAAGGAACUCUGUAGACGGGUAAAACCUUAUGUGAGAGAUCAUCCAGAGCUGUUCUCGUUGCUGUACGUGCCUUAUGACUUCAUAAUACCUGGCGGGCGGUUUCGUGAAUUUUAUUACUGGGACACGUUUUGGAUCAUCAAAGGACUGUUGUUUUCUGAAAUGUACCACACGGCUAGAGGCGUGAUCAGGAACCUCGGAUACAUGGUUGAAAAUCAUGGUUUUGUACCGAACGGUGGUCGCGUUUACUAUCUGUUCCGGUCGCAGCCGCCACUACUCAUACCAAUGGUCUACGACUAUUAUUUAGCGACCGGCGACAUCGAAUUCAUCCAAGAGAUGCUGCCUGUCCUGGAAAAGGAAUAUAUGUUUUGGCUGGUUCACCGCGGCACGCCAUACGCCUCCGCCAAAAAUUCGGAGACUCUCAAUAUUUUUCAGUACAAGUCCAGCAUGAAUACACCAAGACCGGAAUCAUACAGGGAAGAUCUUGAUUUGGUUAAAAACCUCGAGUCGCCCGUUGAUCGCGAGAAGAUGUGGUCUCAAAUUGUAUCGGGUGCAGAAACCGGCUGGGAUUUCAGCUCCAGAUGGUUCUCGCACUCAGGUCCGGAGGCGUACACCCUGAAGUCGAUCCGCACGUUGUCGAUUGUUCCCGUCGAUCUUAACGCGUUCAUGUGUAUGAACGCUCGCAUUUUGGCCAAUCUCUACGAACUAACUGGUAAUAGAACGAAGGUGCUGUUGUUUCAAGCUCGUUAUGAACAAGCUAAGGUAGCGAUGAAGCAGAUUCACUGGAACGAAGAAGAUGGUAUUUGGUACGAUUACGAUUUGGAUAGCAGGCGGCAUGUCGCUGCCUACUACGUGUCAAACGUUCUACCUCUGUACGCUAAGUGCUACGAUGAUGACACAGUUCCAAUGCGGGUUUACAACUAUUUGAAGAAAAUUGGAGCGUUCAAUUCGACCCGUGGGGUGCCAACUUCUUUCAUACAGUCCAAGCAGCAGUGGGACAGCGCGAACGCGUGGCCUCCUAUGGUGCACAUGCUUAUCGAAGGCUUUCGAACCACGGGCGAUCCGAAUUUGAUGGAUUUUUCCAAAGAGCUGGCUCUGCAGUGGCUGCAUUCAACGUACUCUGCCUACGUACAAACGAAUGCUAUGUUUGAAAAGUACAACGUAUCUUCGUCGAGCGACCACCCAAGUGGCAGCGGUGGCGAGUACGAAGUACAGGCGUCCACUGUUUCAUUUUGCUACAGUAACGUUUUGAAUUCCUAGUC